AUGGCUGCGCCAGUUGAUCCCCCUGCCGGGCUCAUGGACCGUGGCGUCACUGGCACCGGUCGUACCAAGGGCAAUGGCGGCUUCAGAAGGGAUGUCGUCAUCGAAAGAGAUCUCGAUGGUGGCGAUAUCGCAGAACGAGGCGUCACUGGCACUGGUCGAACCAAGGGCAAUGGCGGCUUCAAGAGGGAUAGCUUUGUCGAACGGGGUCUUAGCGAAGGCAAUAUCGCAUCACGAGGCGUCACUGGCACUGGUCGCACCAAAGGCAAUGGCGGCUUCUAG